AUGUCUGGUUCUACCAGAAAGCGCCGGACCAGUGGUGAAGGUGGCCCGGGUGCAAAGGUCACGAAGACCGCAGCCCUCACAGAUUUGAAAGUUCCAGUUGAUGCACUGCUCAAGAGUUACAUCAAAGACUUUGACCAAUGGACCAACGUCACGGCGGAUCAUAAAUCCUUUGACAACUACAUCGCACUGAAGCUGCAGACUGAGGAUGCGCUCUCCAUGUUGUGCCAGCUGAUCCUCCACAACACGUUUUGCACAGAUCCCAACAAACCCGGCACUGAGAAGAUCGCUGUCAGUGCUGUCAAGCCAGAGAUGCUGAGCACGCCUCCCAUCCCGCUUGAUGCGUCUGCAAUUCACACUUGCCAUGGUUUGCUGAGUCCCAUGAGUACUUUCAUGGUCAAGGGCUGGUCAAGAUGUGUUGCAGCAGUCUCGUUGCUCUUGUACUCCUAUGAGUCGCCGGAAGUCUUGAAGGUUUGGGAAUCGAGCAAUAGCUUCAUUGAAGCUUACAAGAUUGGACAAUUGGAAGCGAAGAGCGCUGUCAACUUGUUGAAUUUCAUCCCAGAGAAAGUGGUAAGCCGGUUGAGUUCUUUGGUGAGGAUGUGGUCAAUGCAAAAGUUUAUGAGCCAUGAGCCAAUUGCAAACGGCGUUCUGAACAUCGGUCAUGUGACCAAAUCGCCUGCCCUCGAAGUCUGGGAGCCCUUCCUCGCAAACACGGAGGAGGUGUUGAUGUUGCUCCUGGAUUGGUUGGAAGGCGACUACACGGCACUGACCCCAAAGAUGCGUAAAUCUUACAAGCAGAGCGACAUUGACGCUUCGGUUGCAAUUUUCCACUUGGAUGGCCUGCGAAAAAAGACCCCGACAAGUCCGGCUUUCCCCUUCAAAGCCCUACAUUUCAGGCAGGUCGAACCGGACUUGUGGGGGUCUUUUUUCGCAGGCCAAUCCAAGGUUGAAAAUUAUAGCACGCUUCGGGUAACCUCAGUUGCUUUGUUGAGAACAAUGUUUCUGCUGCCGCCCAGAAGUGUUUUUCUGUUGUGGCAAGGAGACAUUGCAGCGCUUCUGCUGCAUGUUCUUGGAAUGUGUGCGGGUGUAUAG